UGAAACCUGGUAAUAGCUACGACGGAAGCUGAGGAACGGACUCGCGCGCAAUGAAGAUGCGUUCCAACCGAGGCUUUGUCUUGCUGCUUCUGAAUGGGACAACUUGCUUGCUUGCUCUUGGGCAGGAAGACCCCUCCCUGGGACACAAAGGCACCCCAAGUGAGCAGCCCAAGACAAUGGGUGUCCUAGGAGGUCAGAGCCUCUCACCCCUGGGACGUUGGAUGUUGCACACUAAGAGCCGGGCAGCCAACACCACAGCGCUGGAGCUUCCAUACCGCUCCCCGGUGCCCUUCUCCAAGCAGGAGUUCUGGGAGAUGCUGGGCAGCGACCUGCGGCCAGACGCCAGCACUUCACGUGUGAAGCGCCGCCCCAUCGUCAAGACGGGCAAGUUCAAGAAGAUGUUCGGCUGGGGCGACUUCUACUCCAACAUCAAGACAGUGCGGCUCAACCUGCUGAUCACCGGCAAGAUCGUGGACCACGGCAAUGGGACCUUCAGCGUGUACUUCCGCCAUAACUCCACGGGCCAGGGCAACAUCUCCGUCAGCCUGGUGCCGCCCGUCAAGGCGGUGGAGUUCGACCUGGAGCGCCAGAGCGUGGUCUACCCCAAGGACUCCAAGAUUUUCAACUGCCGGGUUGACUACGAGAAGGUGGACCGUAACAAGAAGACCUCGCUCUGCAACUACGACCCAUCCAAGACCUGCUUCCAGGAGCAGACGCAGAGCCACGUCUCCUGGAUCUGCUCCAAGCCCUUCAAGGUCAUCUGCAUCUACAUCUCCUUCUACAGCACGGACUACCGCCUGGUCCAGAAGGUCUGCCCUGACUACAACUACCACAAUGAAAUGCCCUACUUGCCCUCUGGGUAAAAGUGCUGGGAGAGAGUGUAUAAAGGGGUGGCCAGGGGUACUUUGUGGGGAGCAGCUGCAGCAUUAGGAGCAAGGGGACUCUCAGAAGGGCUUGGGGAACUACAGAGUAACUUUUUCCCCCAAUACACUGAAAAAUUCAACUCACAGACAUUUCCUGUUCUAAUGUGCCCGAAACAAUUUAUUUAUUUGUGCAUUUUUUAGUUUCUGCAUUUUACAUUAUUUCAAAUAUGAUAUACACAUCUCUUCCUAUCUCUGUAAACCUGCCAGUCAAUUUUUGAUUAUUCUCCAGCAAUAUCCCCACAGUGACCCUUCAAACACUCUUUUGCCAAAAAUGUGCUCUAGCCAUUUUAAGCCUGCCCCCCAAGUAGCUGCAUCAUUAGCUGCAUCAAGUUCUUCUGACCCCUCCUAAUGCCCUGGUUUUCACCUCUGAGCCCAGAUAACACCUCUUCACACUUCAGCAGACAUAUCUGGCCAGUUCAAGGGUGAAUCCUUCGUUCAUCCCUGUAAAAUUUAAAAUUUCACACACAUUCCAAAAAUGAAGUCCACACACAUUCAUAACAGAGUGAAUAUAAAUAGAGCACUCAGAGCUGCCAAGGUCUGAGAGGCAAGAAUGGGAGGACUUAUUUCUAUUGAACAAUAGGUGCUCUAAUUCAUUCUGUCCUACCCCUCAAUAUACUAGGAGAAUUCUGAAAGGUAUUUGAAUUAAAACAGUGAAGAAAAACGAGGUGUAGAGUUUUAAUUAAGCUGCACUCUCACUCUAUUGUGCUCCCCGUUUUACAAGAUUUUGCGAUAGCAAGCUUGGUUUCUAUUAAAAAGAGAUAAAACUUUGUUGUAAUCAGUUAGACUGCCUGAUGUGAAACAUCUCCUACUUCCAUUUGUGUGAGGAUAAUAUUCUUUCCCUGGAAAUUACAAUGUGUCAUCACUAGAGUCAGACAUACCAAUUACUCUGAUAUUUCUUAUAUACACAUUUAUUCUUAUAUAUUUACAAACAAUGUACACAACAGCUGACACUUGAUUUGGGUUAUAUGCCUCUGAGUCUUCUGCAACAUGUUAAUACAAACAGAUGAAGGAAGAAUUUAACAAAAAUUAAGAAUUGAACGCCAUGACUACAUGCUUAGAUCACCACUAUCAUGCUCCCAAUCGAGAGCACAGAUCCUCCUAAACACUAGACACACAGCAGGCCAGAGAAAUGCAAUCAAACUACAGCUGAAUAAGGGUGGCUGGGAGGGAAGGGAUCAGCCAGACAGCUUUCUUAUUGAAACUGUGAAGUCAUCAUUAGCUGUGUUCCUCCUCUCUACUGACCCCUGUGGGACAAGAUGUUUGGUACACAAGUCCUUGACCCUUAAUCAGCAGGAAAAAAAAUAAAUGGGGAACUAAAAAACUAAAGCAGUUUUGCGUAGCUGGCACCAAGCCAGCCUCUGAAUGGCAAGAGAACCAAGGAAGGGAUUUACAGGCCAAGUUGAACCCAGUCUCUCACAGUUCAAGGGCAGUAAGUGCCAUAAGCCCACACCUCUCUGUGGGCAGGUAUUAAGCCUGGGCAGAAAGGUUCUGAGUGUUCCUUUUAUCAUUCAGUUUCAGAGGAAAAGAGAGGGAGACUCACAAUGCCGCAUGCGCGAUCUUGUGGACCAUGAAAGAGUACAUUAACGUGUCCAAUAGUUUUCUCUUUAAGGGAAGGCUGAUUCCUUAAAAGCCUUUAUGGGCUCAUCAUAACUGACAUGUCCCUUACCUCAGAGAAAUACACCAGCCCCAAUCCCAAUGAUUCCUGAAGGACCAUCAUGAAAUUAUGAACAUUAUAAAGACUAAAUCAUCUUUUUGAAAUAAAGCAAACUAUUGACACACAAAACCCAAUUCUCUUUUCCAAUUUUAAAUGAAGUCUUUUUAUG